CAACAAUACAGGGCUCGCUGAGGGCUCGUAGUCUCUGUAGCGCAGGGACGAAAUGGGCAGCCACCACGACGAAUCCUCGCGGAGGAGAAAGAAGGAAACCCAAAAAUCCCAAACACUGGAGGAGUCAAGGACUGUGAGUGAGAAGACAAAAAUUAAGGAUCUGACAACACAAGACAGGGUAACGCACAUAAUACAGUGUGGCAAAUGAGCCACAGCUGUAGCUGAUCGCUCGUGAUGAUAAUCAGCUACACACACUCACCACGUUCACACACACACAGAAAACAAAGCACAGAUGAGAUCGUGAACCCAUGAACCGUGACACUUUCAUAGGACAUAAAGAUGCAUUAUAGAAAUGCACAAAGCUGGAAAAGGCUACAAAAGCAUGGCUAAAGACCUGGGUCAAGUCAAGUCAGUUCACCUGUAUCUAGUGUAUUUUACAGUAUAGAUUCCCAGGUAAAAAAUAAAGUAUAUUUGAAUGCACUACAAAUACUUAAAUACCACCAAGUACAUCUGUAGUACCUUCCAGCUCGGCAUGCUGUAUGACUGCAGAAAAGACGAGUUAAUAGCAGGAAUCAGAUUUUGGAAUAAAGAACAGCUGGAGCAGAAUAUUUGCUCUCGUCCCCAGAUUAAUACAGAUUUCACUGUCACAGCUUCAGACUCCAUUAAAGACAAAUCUAACUUACUUAAUAUUGAAGGAGCACUGAACCUGAGUGUCUUAGGUGGACUCGUGCAAGUUAGUGGAGCAGCAAAGUAUCUCAAAGACAACAAGACGUCUUUCAUACAGCAGAGACUGGUGCUACACUAUCAUUCAACCAGCGAGUUUAAAGAACUGACCGUGAAUCAGCUGCCUUCUGAAAAUAUUCCUGAUGAUGUUCAUAACACAGCAACACAUGUAGUAACAGGAAUCCUGUAUGGAGCAGAUGCCUGCUUUGUGUUUGACAGACAAGUUUCUUCAGAUGAGGACAAAAGAACAGUGAAAGGAGAAGUUAAAAUGGCUCUAGAGAAACUGCAGGGUGUCAUUUCAAUAGAUGCAAACGCUGACCUGAACAUGAAUGACACUGAGAAAACUGCAGUCAAAAACUUCACUUGUACAUUUUAUGGUGACUUCCAGCUGCCGUCUAACCCAACCACUUUUGAAGAUGCGAUGAAGGUUUUUGCUGAUCUUCCAAAACUGCUGAAAGAUAAUCAAAAGCUGGCGGUUCCUCUGAGAGUUUGGCUUUAUCCUCUGCACAAACUCCACUCAAGAGCUUCAAAACUUCAGAGAGACAUCAGCAUGGAUCUAAUCCAAGAAACUGAAUCAGUGAUUGAGAGUUUAUAUACCGCUGAGAUGAAAUGCAGUGAUCUUCUGGAAGACUCUCCUGCUGUGGCUUUUGCUGCAUUUCAUGAUAAAAUUCUGCAAAUGAAGCAAAACUGCUACAAGUACAAGUUGAGACUGGUGAAGAAACUCGGCUCUCUGUUGCCAAACAUCCGUGGAGACGUGAUGAAGGAAACAACAUUGAAUGAUCUUCUUCAAGAACAUGAUGCAUCUCCAUUUAAUGAUAGUGACCUCACAGAAUGGCUGAAGGAGAGAGAAAGUGAGUCUGAGAUAAUUAAAUCAGUCCUCAGACAGCUGAAGGAUUGCGGUGCACAUGUGGAAGACAACAUAGAUGCCAUCAUGAUGGAUCUGGAGGUCGGGAAUCUUGUCAGUUACACGUUCACAUCUCUGAACUGCUCAGACAUCAUCCUUCAUAAACAAAAGAUCUAUCUGAGUUCUUCAACAAAAGAAGAAAAGGUACAGAUAAGCCCUGAUAUCAAGCAAAGGUCUUGGCUCACUGCCAAGAUCCAGAAGACCAUGAGGAGAAACUUGGAGAUAUUUAAGAGCUUGAUGAAUUCAAAAGACUGUAAACCAGCAAAGUUUAUUGUGUCCUCUAAAGAAGUGGUGAAUAAUCCUGGUUCCUGCAUUCUGCUGUAUGAAAGUGAAUGUGAUGAAGCUGUGUGCUUUAUUCCUCCAUCCAAACCAGUCUGUCCGGUCACUGAAGAGGUCACAGGUCAGAGUGUGGUUCUGAAGGUGGUUCCUCCAUCAUGUCCUGCUACAGUGGAGCUCAGAUUACUGUAUAAAGUGAAGCAGGACACAGUCUGGAGAUCUGAAGCUGUGCUGAAGGAUCAAGACACAGUUACUCUGACUGAUCUGAGAUCAGGAGCUGAGUAUGAGAUCAAGUGUGCAGCGCUGGGGAAACUCAACUACACCAGAGACAGUGACGUGAUCACAGUCAACACAGAGAGCAAUAUGAGGAGCAGUGCAGAGAUGUCAGAGAUCAGCUCCAGUUCAGAUGAUCCAGUAAUCCGGAUUCUUCUGAUGGGCAGAAUUGCUUCUGGGAAAAGCUCAUCUGGAAACACCAUACUGGGAGAAAAGAGAUUUAUAGUUAAAAAAAAAACAAAAAAGCAUGAAGCUGAAAAUCAGUUUGGUGAAGUUUGUGAGGGUCAAACACAGAUCGGUGGGAAGCAGGCUGCUGUGAUUGAUUGUCCAGAUCUACUGGAUCCAGAUCUGAAUGAAGAGAAGCUGGAGAUGAUGAAAGAGCAGCUGAUCUCACGAUGUUCAGCAGGUCUCAGUGUGGUUCUGCUGGUUGUUCCUGUGGUUACAAAUGUGGAAAAUGAGGAAGAGAUGCUGGAUUAUAUGAAGUGUUUACUUGGUCCUGAAGUUCAGAAAUACAUCAUGAUUCUGUUCACACAUGGAGAUGAACUGGAGGAACUGGAUCAGACAAUUGAUGAACAUCUACAAAACAAAGAUCAUGCAGAUCUGCAGCGACUGGUGACUGAAUGUGGAGGAAAGUUUCACUGCUUUAAUAACAAGAGAAAAUCAGAUGAUCAGAAACAAGAACUACUGCAGAAGAUUGAAGGAAUGAUGAUGAGAAAUGGUAGGAAAUAUGAGAUAAAACCAGUGAACAAGAAAGCAAGCAGGGAUGCUUCUGAUGUACUUCUAUUAGGAGAGUCUCCAGCUGACCAUCCAGAGGAGAUUGAUGUGAUUACUGAGAGGAAAGACCAGAUCAGGCUCGUUCUGCUGGGGAAAACUGGAUCUGGGAAAAGUGCCACUGGAAACACUAUCAUCGGCAGAAAUGUGUUCAAAUGUUCAGCCGGUUCAAACUCUGUAACAAAACAGUGUCAGUCAGAAACUAGAGUGAGGUUUGGUAAAGAGAUCUCAGUGAUUGACACACCUGGACUUUAUGAUAACAAACUCAGUAAAGAGGAGGUUAUUACUGAAAUAGCAAAGUGCAUAACUUACUCGUCUCCUGGACCACAUGCUUUUAUUAUUGUCAUUAGAGUGGGUCGAUUCACUGAGGAGGAGAAAAAUACAAUAAAGGAGCUCAAAGAAGUGUUCGGAGAACAGAUAGAAAAAUACACCAUGAUUAUCUUCACUCACAAAGAUCAGUUAGAGGAGGAAAAUGAAACUGUUGAGCAGUAUCUACAGAAUGGUGAUUCAGAUGUUAAAAAACUUGUUGAUGGUUGUAGAAACCAAUUCUUCUGUCUGGACAACAAGUCUGCUAGUUUCCCACAGUUCAAAGAUCUGAUCAGUAAAAUAGAGAAAAUGAUAGAAGAAAAUGGUGGACACUUUACAAAUGAUCUGUUUGAGGGAACAGAGAAACUGUUUCAGAAGCAGAAAUUAGAGGAUAAAUUUGAGCACUUAGGCUUAGCAGAAGAGUCUCGAUGUGAUGAUGAGCAUUUGAUCACGAAAGAUGAACUCAUUUUAAAUUUUCAGAGAGAACUGAUCAAAAUAGCGGAUGCGCUGGAAAAUAAUCCUGAGUUUCAACGCCUCAUUAACGAAAUGGCGUACAGAAACAGGGGUAUGAUGUACAGCAAAAGGGAUGUAAUUUACCACAUCAUAAGGAAAAGCAUGUUCCCCAUCCUAAGGGAAAGGAUGUACCCCUUCAUAAGGGAUGAGAUGCGCCGCACCAACAAUGAACCUGUGAGAGAAAUAUUCAGUUAUGUAGAGGCAGUUCAAGUUAUAAUCACAGUACUCAGAGCUUCAGGAAAACUAGCCGAACGUUCCAUGUGUAACGUUCAGUGAUGGUGGCUUGCUUUCUUCAGUCAUCAUGUUUAAAAAAACUAAACUGUAAAGAUACGAAGAUUCUUUGUUUGUAUUGAUGACUUAGGAAAUUUUAUGCAUGUGAUGUACUGAAUCUACUCCUACUAGAUCUUCAUCCUAUGAGUACAAGUUUGAGACAAUUAGCACAUACACACCAAGGCAAGGAAUUUAUAAUCUGUACAUAAUGGAGGUAUUAGUCUCCAGUUAUCUAAUGAUAGCGAUUGUUUUUUUUGGGGGGGGGUUUAGGUGGCAAAGUUAUUAAUCCUGUUUUCAUCGUAGGUGACAUAAUCCCUUUCUGAAUACAUUCUAAAAAUGCAUUAUACAUAUAUAUACAUAUAUAUACAUAUAUAUAUAUAUAUAUUUUUUUUUAAUUUGUUUUAUAGCUAAAACAAUUUCCUCUAAAGUCAACUCAUAAUCAAUCAAGUAUUUGUAUUUCUUAUUUUAGUUUUUAAUGUUAUCUCUAAUGUUUACAAAUAAAGAAUCACAAUCAGCAUUUUUACAAUUGUAUUUAUAAAGGCCAAUACAUAUAAAGCUAAAUUUCAUCAUGAAUGAUUUUUUGAUCAUUAUUUCUGUCUUAAUGGCCAAAAAAAAUUCAUUUAACUUUUUUUCUCCUUUUUCAAUCAACCAUGCUCUUGAACAUAUAUAAGCUCCAUUAGUUUUUUCCAUUUUCUUGAGUACAACUCAUCUAAUUCAGAUUUCAUUGACUGUAAUUUUGCUACAUUUUCUGAUGAUUCCUGUUUAUUAACUGUCAAUAAAUUUAUU